AUGGGUGCGCCCAAACAAAAGUGGACAGCCGAUGAAGAAGCUGCCUUGAAAGCUGGAGUUAUCAAGCAUGGUGCUGGUAAAUGGAGGACAAUACUAAAGGAUCCUGAAUAUAGUAGUGUUUUGUACCUCCGAUCGAAUGUGGACCUCAAGGACAAAUGGAGAAACAUGAGUGUCAUGGCAAAUGGAUGGAGCUCUAGGGAGAAGUCCAAGUUUGCUGUUAAGCGGAUGCACCAUGUUUCAAAACGAGAAGAGAGUCCUCUGCCUGCUGAUAAUGAUGUCAAAAGUGAUGAAGAUGCCGUGGAUAUUAAGGCUCACGAAGUUCCUCUGAUGCCUAUUCCUGCUCCGAUAAGAUCUACCAUAAGAAGUUCCAUUCUUGGUCGGUCCCUCCGUAUGAAAUGCCUCAGUCAGCUCUUUCUCCCCAGCCAUCUACGCUCUUUUCUUCGCUCAUGUGCACAUCAGUCUUCUCUCUCUGCUGGGAAGCAGCUCCAUGCGGUCAUACUCACCGCUAGCCUACCAGCAUCACACAAUUCCUUCCUUCCGAAUGCCCUUCUUCACCUUUACUCGUCCUGUGGAGUUGUUAGUUAUGCCCGCCACUUGUUCUUCCAAAUCCCCUCAUCACACAAAGACUUAGCAGAUUGGACCUCUUUCUUGAAUUGUCUUUCAAAGCAUAAGAACGAUCCUUGUGAAGCUUAUUGGUUGUUCAAUGAAUUGAGGAGAAGGGGUAUUCUUGUUGAUGAUGUUGUGCUGCUUUCCAUGCUCGGUUUGUGCGCUAGAGUGGGAAAUUUGGAGAUGGGAACUCAACUGCAUGGUUGUGUGAUGAAGAUGGGUUUCAAGUAUAGUCUUAAGGCGUGCAAUGCGAUAAUGAAUAUGUAUGUGAAAUGUGGGUUACUAUCCAAAGUAAGAGGUGUUUUCAGUGAAAUGAAGGAACAGAAUGUUGUGUCGUGGAGUAUACUUUUGGAAGGUUAUGUUGGGAGUGGAUUGAUCAAGGAAGGGUGUUUACUUUUGAAUGAAAUGGUUUUGCAGUCAGGCCUCAGGUUGAAUCAUGUUUCCCUUUGUUCUAUUUUAUCAGCUUCCGCACAAUCUGGUGAUGUAGCGUUUGGGAGAUUGGUUCAUGUUCUUGCUUUGAAGGAAGUGGGGUUGGACAUCAUGGUUGGGACAGCUCUGGUUGAUAUGUAUGCCAAAUGUGGUCGAAUAAACGUAGCAGUUAGAGUUUUUGAGUAUUUGCCCAGGAGGAACGUAGUGACAUGGAAUGCUAUGCUUGGUGGGCUAGCAAUGCAUGGAAAGGGCAAAGCUGUGUUGCAUAUGUUCUCUAAGAUGUUUGAAGAAGCUAAUCCUGAUGAUUUAACCUUUAUAGCUGUGCUAAGUGCUUGUAGUCAUGCUGGUCUGGUUGAUCAAGGUUGGGAGUAUUUUCAUAAUCUGGAACCAGUGUAUGGAAUAACACCCAAAAUAGAUCAUUAUGCUUGUAUGGUUGAUCUGCUUGGACGAGCUGGUCGCUUAGAGGAAGCUGAAAGAUUAAUACAUAAUAUGCCAAUGCCUCCCAAUGAGGUGGUUCUAGGAUCAUUAUUGGGUUCUUGCAGCCUUCAUGGAAAGUUACAGAUUGGUGAGAGGAUUUUACAUGAUCUGGUUCAGAUGGAUCCUCAGAACACUGAAUAUCACAUACUACUUUCAAAUAUAUAUGCUUCAUCAGGAAACCGGAAGCAGGCAAACUCCCUGCGGGAUGCUCUGUAUCGUAGGGGGAUUAGAAAGGUUCCUGGAAUGAGUUCCAUUCAUAUAGGAUGCCGUGUUCAUCAGUUCACUGCUGGUGAUAAGUCACACCCUCGAACUCCAGAGAUCUAUCAUACCCUAGAUGAUAUGAUAAUUAGGUUAAAGCUAGCUGGUUAUGUCCCACAUACUGCCUCCCAGAUUUCUGCGGGGGCUGAUGGUGGGUAUAGUGGAGAUGAGGAGGAGAAGGAGCAGGCAUUGCUAUCACACAGUGAGAAGCUUGCCUUUUGUUUUGGGCUUAUAAGCACGAGUCCUGGUACAUCCUUGUAUAUAUUCAAAAAUCUACGUAUGUGUCAUGAUUGCCAUUCUGCGAUCAAGAUUGCUUCAGAUGUAUACCAACGAGAAAUUACUGUCAGAGACCGCAACCGAUUCCAUUAUUUUAAACAAGGCUCAUGUUCUUGCUCUGAUUAUUGGUGA